AUGGGGGAAGGUGGCGACUUUUGGAAGACCCAUGAUGGAUGGUGGUUACGGUGGAUGGUGGUGGCCAUGGUGGAUGGUUGGUCAAGACGGAAGGGUGGUCAAGACAGGUGGUUGGUCAAGACAGAUGGUGGUCAAGACAGAAAGUUGGUCAAGACGGAAGAUUGGUCAAGACGGGAGAUUGGUCAAGACGGGAGAUUGGUCAAGACGGGAGAUUGGUCAAGACGGGAGAUUGGUCAAGACGCAGGUUUGGUCAAGACAGAAGGGUGGUCAAGACAGGUGGUCAAGACAGGUGGUCAAGACAGAUUGUGGUCAAGACGGAAGAUUGGUCAAGACGGAGGUUUGGUCAAGACAGAAGGGUGGUCAAGACAGAAGAAGGUCGGUCAAGACAGGUGGUUGGUCAAGACAGAUGGUGGUCAAGACGGAAGGUGGUCAAGACAGAAGAAGGUUGGUCAAGACGGAAGGUGGUCAAGACAGAAGAAGGUUGGUCAAGACAGAUUGUGGUCAAGACGGAAGGUUGGUCAAGACAGAAGAAGGUUGGUCAAGACAGAUUGUGGUCAAGACGGAAGGUUGGUCAAGACAGAAGAAGGUUGGUCAAGACGGAAUGUGGUCAAGACGGAAGGUGGUCAAGACAGAAGGUGGUCAAGACAGAUUGUGGUCAAGACAGACAAGGUGAAGAUGUAA